AUGUCUAGUCCACUUUUCAAUAUACCCCAGAAUAAGAAUUCUAACUAUAAUAAGUUUCCUAAUUUAUCGAUUCCAUCACCAAUUUCCAUUAAUAAUAAUAAUCUUAAUCUUAAUAAUAAUAAUAGUAAUAAUGUUCAUAUACCCAAUUACCAACCCCCUCUACCCAAUAAGAAUGUCAGUGGGGGUCCCAGAAGAAAACCGCCACCAAUUGAUUUUCUGAGAAUUGAUGGAUCCCAUUCAUUUACUCCAAGUACCAAUUCACCCCAACCUUCUAUGAAUGAUGUAUAUACUACUAAUACGCCAAUUUUAAAUUUUUCUAAUGACUCUAAUGAUAAAAGCUUGCACGAAAAAGACAUUGAUGAAUUAAAUCCCGAUGAUUGGAAUCUUCUUGCUAAUACAAAUCAAAUUAUCGAAUUAAAUAAGUUGGGUGAAGGUAAUGGUGGUUCAGUAUCAAAAUGUAAAUUAAGUCAUGGUUCUAAGAUAUUUGCUUUGAAAUUGAUUAACGCUGAUCCCAAUCCUGAUAUCCAAAAACAAAUUAUUAGAGAAUUACAAUAUAAUCGUUCUUGUACUUCUUCAAAUAUAGUUAAAUAUUAUGGUACUUUUAUGGUGGAAAAACAAUCAAUGAUUGGUAUUGCAAUGGAAUUUAUGGCCGGUAAAUCUUUAGAUGCCAUCUACAAAAAGGCAAUCCAAUUAGAUCCAACUAAUCGUAUAAAUGAAAAAGUCUUGGGUAAAAUUGCUGAAUCGGUUUUAAAUGGAUUAAACUAUUUACAUCAACAAAGAAUUAUUCAUCGUGAUAUUAAACCUUCGAAUAUCUUAUUAGACACAAAGGGUAAUGUUAAAUUAUGUGAUUUCGGUGUUAGUCGGGAAGUUGUUAAUUCUUUAGCAACUACGUUUGUUGGUACCCAAUAUUAUAUGGCCCCCGAAAGAAUUAUGGGUAAACCUUAUACUAUAACCUGUGACGUUUGGUCUUUGGGCUUGACUCUUUUGGAAGUGGCCAGUGCUAAAUUCCCGUUUGAAAUGGAUGGUGGUAAUGAUAUGUUUGGUGCCAUUGAAUUAUUAUCUUUAAUUUUGGAAUACGAACCAAAAUUAGAAGAUAUACCCGACGAAGGCAUUCACUGGUCGGAUUCUUUUAAAAAUUUCAUCCAAUAUUGUUUGAAGAAAAAUAGUGAUGAAAGACCAAGUCCAAGACAAAUGUUACAACAUCCUUGGUGCAUCGGUCAAAGAGAUGUAAAAGUCCGUAUGGAUAAGUUUGUCAAGAGAUUGUGGGGGGAUCUUGAAUAA